UUGACCCGCUUGAUAAAAAUCCGGUAUUUUUGCAAACGUUAUUAUGACACAAGUAACAUGUCAUUUGACACUGAACUGCAAAAAUUUUAGUUGAUAUCAAAAUACCUGUACAAUUUUCAUGGAAAGUGAUCUCUCGUGAUGUCUGUAGCCUACGCGGUUGGAGCAAAAGCACGAGUGGUAUUUACUGGCUGUUCUGGUUUAUUUGUACCAUGGAGAAUUAUAGAAACCCACGAUAAAAAAAGUUAGGAUCUUUAAAUAUAAAUCGUAAAAAUAAACAGUUUGAAAUUAAAAGAGAUGAAUGAGAUUGCGAAGAUGUACUAAUAAAAAGUGUCAACAUGUUAGGGGCCUUUUGGCUGUAUUUAAUGUGUACAGAGAUGAAAAUGUUUGGCUGAUAAUAUGACAACAAGAAAGAGAACGCAAUGAAAUCCGGUUAUAGAUUAUUCUUUGUGUGCCUUGUCCUUGCUGCUUUUAUACUUUUGCUCAACUUCACUACAAAUUUCUCAAAUAAAUUAAAUUAUGCUCAUUAUAAAGGGAGUAUUGUCUCUUCGACAACUGCAAAGUCAUCUUUUGAUACAACAGUAGAUCAAGAGGUAGUAAUAUGUGUCGUAGCUUGUGGGGACAGAUUAGAUGAGUCCCUAACUAUGCUGAAAUCAGCAUUAGUUUUUACAAGAAGACCUAUUAGAUUUAUUGUUAUUGCUGAUGAUAGUUUGAUACCAGCAUUCAAUGAAAAACUUAGCGCAUGGAAGAAUUUAUCAAAUAAAACAUUUGACUUUCUUGUUAAACCUGUAACAUUUCCCGAGCACAGUGAUGUUACUAUGUGGAGGAAGUUGUUUAAACCCUGUGCUGCACAGAGAUUGUUUUUACCUACUGUACUGGAAAAUAUAGAUGCCGUUCUGUAUGUAGAUACAGACACCUUGUUCUUGGCUCCACCAGAAAAAGUGUGGGAUGAAUUUACAAAAAUGAAUUCAAGUCAGCUAGCUGCUUUAAGUCCUGAACAUGAGGAUCCAAAUACUGGAUGGUACAAUCGAUUUGCCAAGCAUCCUUAUUAUGGCAAGCUCGGUGUCAAUUCUGGUGUCAUGCUUAUGAAUUUGACCAGAAUGAGGGAGUUUAGAUGGACAAAUUAUGUGAUUCCUAUACACAAGGAAUACCGUUUGAAGAUUACUUGGGGAGAUCAAGAUAUAAUCAACAUAAUAUUUCAUUAUCGUCCUGAAAAACUUUACAUAUAUCCAUGCAGAUAUAAUUACAGACCCGACCAUUGUAUGUAUAUGUCUGUUUGUACCGAGGCAGAAAAGUAUGGUGCAUUGGUGUUACAUGGAUCACGAGGUACGUUUCACUCGCAAAAACAGCCGCCCUUUAAGGCUGUUUAUAGAGCAAUGCAAGAAUACCAAUUGGAUACUGACCCGUUUGACAAUUUACUUAUACCAAUGAGAAAUUACUUAGCCCUAGAAGACAGAUCUAAUUGUGGAAAAGUUUGGAGGGUUUUUAUUAUUCAACCUGAGCUACAUUUAGAUCCAAAUAUUUAGUAAUAUUUGUUAAUAUCAAGGUUAUAUACAUAACUGCAACAACACUGAGUGCACUGUACAAUGUAAGUGUCGUCCAUUGAGGAUCUUAGAUCAUACAUCUAUAUAGCAUACACCUGUAAGCAUGUUCCUCGACAAUAUUACAACAUGCUGUGACUGUAAGUCAAUGGAAGCAAUACUGCCUAUAACUUUAGGCCUUUUUACAGUGCCAACAAUUGUUAAUAUUGUAUCAAACCAUCCAGUUCGGAUAUCAUUCACGCGUAUUUAUAGAUAUUAAAGCGUAUAGGCUACUUCAAUUUGAAUUUUACCUAUCGACGUAUUGUAGGUAGAUCGUAAGACUGAAGAUCCUAUAAUCCCGAAGACGUUUUAAAUUAUAAUAGUAUUUACAAUAUUCCGUUGCAAAAUGUACAUUUUAAUUUAAUAUUAUCUAGUACUUAUACCGCAAAAUGUAUCAUAAAACAUACCAUAUACACGUAAAUAUUUAUGUGAUAUUUGAUUUUUAUAAUUAUUUUAUUUAUCAAAUACGCUUGCCAAUAUUGACACAUGACUAUCACAAAAUCUAUGACAUUAAUACUAAAGUAGUAAUUGUUUAGAUCGAAGAAAUUCAAAUAUUACAAUUAACAAAUUACACAGUGCAAAUUUUCAAAUUGAACUUUUAUGCAACGACAAGUCAUUUUAAUAUACUGUAUUGCUAAUUAAAAGUAAUUUUACUCAAGUUAUACAGCGGUAUUAUAAAAAUGUUAAUCACUCCUGUCAAUACAAUAUAAUACUAUUAUACGAAUAAAAUUUUAUUUCAUUUCA